AUGUCUCAAAUUGAACCCAAGCAUAUAAAUGAUGCAAUACAAGAUGAUUCAUGGAUUCAAGCCAUGACUGAAGAGCUUUCACAAUUUGAAAAGAAUCAGGUAUGGAAUCUCGUUCCAAAUCCUCUUGAUAAAACUAUUAUUGGAACUAGAUGGAUUUUUAGAAAUAAGCUAGAUGAAGAUGGAAACAUUAUAAGAAAUAAAGCUAGACUAGCUGCUCAAGGGUAUAAUCAACAAGAAGGAAUUGAUUAUGACGAAACAUAUGCUCCAGUAGCUAGACUUGAGGCUAUACGUAUCCUUCUUGCAUAUACAGCACACAAAGAAAUGACUUUUGAUGAGUCAUGGAACGAUAGUACUGGAACAUAA